CUGCCUCUCCACCUCACCGCGUCUCCAUCUCGCGUUACCGAGCUGUAGUGAAGUGGGGGAGUCAGCGCAGACCCAACUGCGCCGCUACAAGCUGCCUUCUCAUCCAAACGCGAUAAAACUCAGCUCAGAAGCCCACUCUGCUCCUGCAUCAACACUUUACAUGAAGGUGUUCUAACCCGAGGUCGCGCUGUGUGGGACGGGGUGCUAUGGCACAGCUAUGGCCGGUCGGUCGGUAUCGUGAGUGACGGCGGCAGCUGCGGAGAUGGAAGAAGAUUCUUCUCACGGGAGUUCGCGUUUGCGAAGCGCCUGAUCUGGAGGCAACGUGAGGAGCGCACAUACCUCCAGAAAACGGGCGACAACAAGACGGUCCUUCCCGCGGCUGGCCGCUCACCGACUGGUAAGAAAAGGCGCCGGGAAAGAGGAAAAUACAUCAUCUUCAGCCUGCCUCCGGAUCCAAAAGACUGCGGGUCCAUAGUAUGGGAGCGCUAUGUUGUCCAGAAAAGGACUCAUUCCUGAGGAUUACUUGCUGACACGUUUGGCUGAGGAUGUCCAGCAGCCCAAGUUCAAGGCGAAACCGAGGAAAGCUCGUUUCGUCGCCAAGAACGGCACGUGCAAUGUGGCGCACACCAACAUCCGAGAGCAGGGCCGAUUCCUGCAGGACGUCUUCACAACGCUCGUUGAUUUAAAAUGGCUCCACACGCUCAUCAUUUUCACCAUGUCCUUUCUGUGCAGCUGGCUCCUUUUCGGGAUGAUCUGGUGGCUCGUUGCCUUUGGGCACGGCGACCUGGACCAGAGAGAAGAAGACUUUGUCCCGUGCGUAUCGGAGAUUCACUCCUUCUCGUCCGCUUUCCUCUUCUCCAUAGAGGUCCAGGUGACCAUUGGCUUCGGGGGCAGGAUGAUCACAGAGGAGUGCGUCUCCGCCAUCAUCAUCCUGAUCGUGCAGAACAUCGUCGGACUGGUCAUUAAUGCCAUCAUGCUCGGCUGCAUCUUUAUGAAAACUGCGCAGGCCAACCGGCGCGCAGAGACGCUCAUUUUCAGCAAGCACGCUGUCAUCUCGAUCCGAAACAACAAGCUGUGCUUCAUGGUCCGCAUCGGGGACCUGAGGAAAAGCAUGAUCAUCAGCGCCACCGUGCGGAUGCAGGUGGUGAGAAGAACCACCACGGAGGAGGGCGAAGUGGUGCCUCUGGACCAGAUCGACAUCCACAUGGAUAACCCGGUGGGCACCAACGGCGUCUUCCUGGUGUCCCCACUCAUCAUCAGCCACGUGAUCGACAAGGACAGCCCCCUGUAUCAGCUGUCCGCCUCUGACCUGCAGCAUGAGGACAUCGAGGUGAUCGUGGUGCUGGAAGGGGUGGUGGAGACCACGGGCAUCACUACGCAGGCCAGAACCUCCUACGUGUCAGAGGAGAUCCUGUGGGGACAGCGCUUCGUGCCCACAGUGUCCGAGGAGGACGGCAUGUAUGCGGUGGACUAUUCCAAGUUCGGCAACACUGUGAAGGUCCCCACACCUUGCUGCAGUGCCAAGCAACUGGACCAGGCAGGUGGCAUCGCUCGGUUUAAACUAGAAGAGGGCGUCACCUUGCGGUCGUCUGUGAGAAGGCGGCGGGGCACCACGAUGGUCCGCAGGUCCAAGAUGGAGAGCUAGUGAAGGCAUGAUCCUUGUAACAGCAUUUUAUAUGAAAAGUAAUUAUUGAAGUUUGAGGACAUGAUUCACCACGUCUCUAUGCAGUGAAUUGUAGGCUCACCUCUGCAAGCUUCUUACUCAGGGUCAGUGUGAAAAUGCAUUAAGACUGAAUGCACUGAGGAACGUGAGAUGCGACUGAGAUACAAGAAUGAACCGAAAGUCCAGUUUGAAUGUUUUCUUUUUUUUUUUAUUUAAUUAAGAGUGACUGCAUGUAUCUUAAAGCAAUAAAGGAGAAUGAUUCAUGUGAAUACAUGUGUUGUAGAGAGGCCAAAAUCUGUUAUUUAAAAAGGACACUAUUUACUAUCGCACUUCCGUAGAGACUCACGAGUAUCCUGACUGAUGCUGGAGGCUUGGAGGCAGAUAUCGAUAUCGGAAACUUUUAAAAAUGCUCUUGUGGUUUGGCUGAUUAACAUUCUUGGCAAGGUUCACUUCAAUUUAGUUACUCAAGAAUGGAAACUAAGGUUUGUACUGUGCUCAUGUGUACUUUUCCUUGCUCUCUCUGCUGGACAAGGUGAAAUAGC